ACUAUAUACCAUGCACAUCGGAUCAUAUCCAUCAGACCAUCAGCAGUACAGAAUCAUCCGAACCAUCUCUGUCUAGGAACUACAGCUAGAUAGUCUGCAAGUGGUUAGAGAAACUGAGAGUGUUAAGCCAUAUGUACAUGGUUGGAGCACGCAUCCGCGCGGCGUCCGUGCUCGCGCUCGGCUGCGCCCUGGCCAUCGCCGCCACCGCGGCCGAGCAGGCCGGGUGGCUGAGGGCGCACGCGACGUUCUACGGCGGCGCCGACGCCUCGGGCACCAUGGGAGGGGCGUGCGGGUACGGGAACCUGUACGCGCAGGGGUACGGCACGCGCACGGCGGCGCUGAGCACGGCGCUGUUCAACAACGGCGCGUCGUGCGGGCAGUGCUACAAGCUGGUGUGCGACCGCAAGACGGACAGGACGUGGUGCAAGCCCGGCGUGUCGGUCACCAUCACGGUCACCAACUUCUGCCCGCCCAACUGGGACCUCCCCAGCGACAACGGCGGCUGGUGCAACCCGCCGCGGCCGCACUUCGACAUGGCGCAGCCGGCCUGGGAGAAGAUCGGCAUCUACCGCGGCGGCAUCAUCCCCGUCAUCUACAUGAGGGUGCCGUGCGUGAAGAAGGGCGGGGUGCGGUUCACCAUCAACGGGCACGACUACUUCAAUCUUGUGCUGGUGACCAACGUCGCGGGGCCCGGCUCGAUCAAGGCGAUGUUCAUCAAGGGCUCCAAGUCGGGCGACUGGAUGCCGAUGGCGCGCAACUGGGGCGCGAACUGGCACUCGCUGACCUACCUCAACGGGCAGGGGCUGUCGUUCAGAGUGACCGUCACCGACGGCCAGACGCUUGUCUUCGCCAACAUCGUGCCGCCCAACUGGAGGUUCGGCCAGUCGUUUGGCAGCAACCUGCAGUUCAAGCUGUGAGGGAAUUUAUAGUUCCUACCAUGCGUACGUGCUUAUUUGGACCUCCAAGGUGGUUGUCACGAUGUCUCGAUUUACCAUUUCUGUAGGAAAUAAUUACCUGCUUAAACUUUACAAACUAAUUAAUUGUGAGUUGCGCUUGUACGUGUGAUGUGUACAUAAAGAGAUUUAUCUGUUUCAUAAAAGGGUAUAUACUCAGAUUAAUUUGAGUAAAUUAGAUUUGGUUUUGAUC